AUGCCUGGGCUCCCAGCUUCCGUCGAUCUCGACGAGUGUAUCUCGCGCUUGUACAAGAGAGAGCUCCUCGCCGAGUCCGUCAUCGAGGCCAUUUGUGCCAAAACCAAGGAGCUGCUUAUGCGCGAAAGCAACGUCGUCCACGUCCGCGCCCCCGUCACUGUCGUCGGCGAUAUCCAUGGCCAAUUCUACGACCUAAUCGAGAUCUUCAAGAUUGGUGGCUGGUGUCCAGAUACCAAUUACUUGUUUCUGGGAGACUACGUCGACCGUGGCAUGUUCAGUGUCGAAACGAUAUCUUUGCUUGUGUGCUUGAAACUUCGAUACCCCAAUCGCGUGCAUUUGAUUCGAGGCAACCAUGAAUCUCGCGGCGUCACUCAGUCCUAUGGCUUCUAUACCGAGUGUUCGAGAAAAUACGGAAAUGCCAAUGUAUGGCACUAUUUCACCGACAUGUUCGACUUUCUGACCCUGAGCGUGGUCAUCAACGACAAGAUCUUUUGCGUCCACGGCGGUAUUACCACCCGAUUCUUUACACCCGCAUUUGCGCCGUCAUUGUUUCCCCCUUUCGCUAACUUUCAUGGUUCAGGUCUCUCGCCAUCCAUUCACUCAAUCGACCAGAUCGUCAUUAUUGACCGUUUCCGCGAGAUCCCCCACGAAGGUCCCAUGGCCGAUCUUGUAUGGUCAGACCCUGAUCCCGAGCGCGACGAGUUUUCUCUCAGUCCCCGUGGAGCGGGCUAUACCUUUGGCGCACAGGUGGUCAAAAAAUUCUUGGCUGUAAACAACAUGGACCACAUCCUGAGAGCACACCAGCUGUGCCAGGAGGGCUUUCAAGUCCUAUACGACGACCGACUGAGCACCGUAUGGAGUGCACCCAACUACUGCUACCGAUGUGGAAAUAUGGCUAGCGUCCUGGAGGUCAGUGAUACGGGCGAGAGGUUCUUCAACGUCUUCGCUGCGGCCCCGGAAAAUGACCAGCACAAGGACAUGCAGCUGGGUGGUGGAGAGAAACAGGCAGAUGGUAAUUCCCUUCCCGAUUACUUCCUGUAA